AGGCAUGUUGGGAAUUGUAGUUUUCUAGACCCACGGGUCGGGCAGAAGCUGGAGCAUCCGUGCCGCCUGUUCUCCCGCCUUCAUUUCCCAUCGUGCUGAGGCGGGUGGCAUGGCGGAGAAGGAUGACACCGGAGUUUGACGAAGAGGUGGUUUUUGAGAAUUCUCCACUUUACCAAUACUUGCAAGAUCUGGGACAUACGGACUUUGAAAUAUGUUCUUCCUUGUCACCAAAAACAGAAAAAUGCACAACAGAGGGACAACAAAAGCCUCCUACAAGAGUCCUGCCAAAACAAGGCAUCCUGUUAAAAGUGGCUGAAACCAUCAAAAGUUGGAUUUUUUUUUCUCAGUGCAAUAAGAAAGAUGACUUACUUCACAAGUUGGAUAUUGGAUUCCGACUCGACUCAUUGCAUACCAUCCUGCAACAGGAAGUCCUGUUACAAGAGGAUGUGGAGCUGAUUGAGCUGCUUGAUCCCGGUAUCCUGUCUGCAGGACAAUCUCAACAACAGGAAAAUGGACAUCUUCCAACGCUUUGCUCUCUGGCAACCCCUAAUAUUUGGGAUGUCUCAAUGCUAUUUGCCUUCAUUAGCUUGCUUGUUAUGCUUCCCACCUGGUGGAUUAUGUCUUCCUGGCUGGUAUGGGGAGUGAUUCUAUUUGUGUAUUUGGUCAUAAGAGCUUUGAGACUAUGGAGGACAGCCAAACUACAAAUGACCCUAAAAAAACACAGUGUUCAUUUGGAAGAUAUGGCCACAAACAGCCGAGCUUUUACUAACCUCGUGAGAAAAGCUUUACGUCUCAUUCAAGAAACCGAAGUGAUUUCCAGAGGAUUUACACUUUUGCUUGACAGGGUCAGUGCUGCUUGCCCAUUUAAUAAAGCUGGACAGCAUCCAAAUCAGCAUCUCAUCGGUCUUCGGAAAGCUGUCUACCGAACUGUAAGAGCCAACUUCCAAGCAGCAAGGCUAGCUACCCUAUAUAUGCUGAAAAACUACCCCCUGAACUCUGAGAGUGACAAUGUAACCAACUACAUCUGUGUGGUGCCUUUUAAGGAACUGGGACUUGGACUUAGUGAGGAGCAGAUUUCAGAAGAGGAAGCGCAUAACUUUACAGAUGGCUUCAGCCUGCCUGCAUUGAAGGUUUUGUUCCAACUCUGGGUGGCACAGAGUUCAGAGUUCUUCAGACGAUUAACUCUAUUACUUUCUACAGUCAAUUCACCUCCUGGGCCCUUACUUACUCCAGCACUCCUGCCUCAUCAUAUCUUAUCUGAUGUGACUCAAGGUCUACCUCAUGCUCAUUCUGCCUGUUUGGAAGAGCUUAAGCGCAGCUAUGAGUUCUAUCGGUACUUUGAAACUCAGCACCAGUCAGUACCACAGUAUUUAUCCAAAACUCAACAGAAGUCAAGAGAAUUGAAUAAUGUUCACACAGCAGUACGCAGCUUGCAGCUCCAUCUGAAAGCAUUACUGAAUGAGGUAAUAAUUCUUGAAGAUGAACUUGAAAAGCUUGUUUGUACUAAAGAAACGCAGGAACUAGUGUCAGAGGCUUAUCACAUCCUAGAACAGAAAUUAAAGUUGAUUCAGCCCCAUGUUCAAGCAAGCAACAAUUGCUGGGAAGAGGCCAUUUCUCAGGUCGACAAACUGCUACGAAGAAAUACAGAUAAAAAAGGCAAGCCUGAAAUAGUAUGUGAAAACCCACAUUGUUCAGCAGCACCUUUGAUGCAACCUACUCCUACUCUACACAUUGCAGACAAAGAUCCAAUCCCUGAGGAGCAGGAAUUAGAAGCUUACGUAGAUGAUAUAGAUAUUGAUAGUGAUUUCAGAAAGGAUGACUUUUAUUACUUGUCUCAAGAAGACAAAGAGAGACAGAAGCGUGAGCAUGAAGAAUCCAAGAGGGUGCUCCAAGAAUUAAAAUCUGUGCUGGGGUUUAAAGCUUCAGAGGCAGAAAGGCAGAAGUGGAAGCAGCUUCUGUUUAGUGAUCACGGGGUAAAGCCCGAAUGGAAUUAGAGGGGGAAAGUCUGCACUGGAACCUGCUGUGGCCAUUUUUUUUCUGUUGUUGCUGCUUCUCUAGUGGAGUUACUGCAGCUUAGGGAUGGUUCUUGGAAGUGGACACGUUUUACAAAAAUAUGUUUUUAAAUACACGCCAGCUCUUCAAGAAACACUUUUUUUCCUUCCGUCAUGCUUCAUACUAGAUUGUAUUGUACUAACCCCUCAUGCUGGGAUGAGCGACUGCCUAGCAAGCAACCCACUGCCUACUAACAUCAAGAGGGGCUAAAUAAAACUACAUUUUCCUUGCAAGGACAACUUCUACCGUAUGAAUAUAUAUUAUAUUUAUGUAUUAUAUUUUGUACAAUAGUUGAUCUUGAAUGCAGACUUUAUUUCAUUUGUAUUUUUCUGUAGUACUACAAAAUGUGUACAAGUUAAGGCUUUACUUUCAUUAGGGUCUUGUUAGGUGGUUGGCAAGUAAGUUAAAUUGUAUGUUGCAUUUUUCCCAUGCUGUUUUAACUUGUAAAUAUAUAUGUAUACAUGUUGAAGACAUUAUUAUCUAGAUUGCUUUCGGCCUUUUAUCCGACAUAUUAUCAGUGAAAACCAUGCUGCUCAUUCCUUAAUACAAUAGUUCUCACUUUAGUGUGUAUCAGAAUCAAGAUGAGGACUUGUAAAACAUAGCUGGUCCCUACUCCCAGAGUUUCCAAUUCAGGAGGUUGGGAUCAGGCCCAAGAAUUUGCAUUUUUAACAAAUUUCUAAGUGAUAACUGAUAAUGUUCAUUCAGGGACCAUACUUUGAGAACCACUGCUUUAAUAUUUUAAAUAAGGUAAUAUAUGAGGUGUCUUAAAAACCUUUAUCAAAUCCCUAUCUCAGUUCAUUUCUUAGGCAUUUUCUCAAGUGUCCUGGAUUUAUAAAUUUUUAUUGAUUUUACUAGAAAGUUUUAUUUAGCUUUUAUUUGUUUAUUGUUCUUUUUAAGAAAAAAGCUGAGAGUUUGAAUUAAAAGUUUAAAUCAUUGCUAGGUCCUUAGUUAUUUUUUUUUCUUUUUUUUUUUUUAUUUGAAGCCAUGUUGAAAUCCUUGUCUCCUGUAGACCCAGUGGAACCCAUAAGUAAUUCAGAACCAUCAAUGAAUUCAGAUAUGGGAAAAGUCAGUAAAAAUGAUACUGAAGAAGAAAAUAGUAAAUCCACCACAGCAGACAAUGAAAUAAGUAGGACUGAAUAUUUAUGUGAAAACCCUUUAGAAGGUAAAAAUAAAGAUAAUUCUGCAAAUGAAGUCUUCCCCCAAGGAGCAGAAGAAAUAAUGUGUUACCAAUGUGAGAGCGAAGAUGAACCUCAAGCAGAUGGAAGUGGUCUGGCUGCUGCCCCUCUAACUCCCAAGGACUCAUUACAGCCCUCCAUUAAACAGAGGCUGGCAUGGCUACAACUGUCCACAGAUUUUACCUUCACUGCCGGCCUUGCUGCAGAAGUGGCUGCUAGAUCUCUCUCCUUUACCACCAUGCAGGAACAGACUUUUGGCGAUGAGGAGGAAGAACAAAUAAUAGAAGAAAAUAAAAAUGAGACAGAAGAAAAGUAAGAACCAAGAUUUACAUGAAGUGAUUUUAGAUUGUUCCUUUUACAAAAGUGUUUAGCGUCAAGACUGGAAAGGGAAUAUAAGUGUAUACUGUAUAUAAAGCUAAGAUGUGGAUUUACAGGAAGUACCCUGAUUUGAAUAACUGAUCUGAAAUUAGUAGUUACCUAUAAAUGGCAGAUCUUUUAGGAAAAUAAGAGAAAGGUAAGGGCUCUUUUGAAUAAACUGCUGUUUUAUUUGUGGCACAACUGAUCAAUCUUGGAAAUUCUUUAAGUAUUUUUAAUAAGAAAUGAAUUAUUUCUUGCCAGAAUUUGCUACCAUAAGGUGAUUGGGAAAAUUCUGUUGCAAGAACAUUAACAUUUAGUAUGACUCCUUUUUACUGUAUUCUUGCAGUUAAUAACUGCAGCUAUUAUGUUAAUAACAAGUUCUUUGUAUUUUAUUUUUGUUUAUACCAGUCUUAAAACAAAGAUCCGGGUUCUGAAUAAAAAAGAAAAUUCAUACAA